AUGGCCGCAAUGUUCAGCCAAAACCCCCUGAUGAAUGGGCCCAACUACUCCUUCUCCGAUGCCCCCAAGUCCGCGCACGGCGAGCACAGAGAGCACCGCUUCAACCCAUACACCGAUAACGGCGGCUCUACGCUGGCCAUCGCCGGAGCCGACUUCGCGAUCGUGGCUGGUGACACCCGUAGCACAUCCGGAUACAGCAUCAACUCUCGAUACUCUCCCAAGGUUUACAAGAUUGGCGGCACAACAUCUAACCAAGAUGAUGCGACCAUUCUCCUGUCAGUUGUUGGCUUCGCAGCCGAUGGCGAGGCUCUCAAGGAGCGGCUGGAUGCCAUCUGCAAGAUCUACCGUCACCGCCACGGCAAGGCCAUGAGCGUCACGGCGUGCGCCAAGCGUCUCUCUACGAUACUCUACCAGAAGCGCUUUUUUCCUUACUACGUCUACGCCAUUCUCGGCGGUCUCGACGAGAAGGGCGUCGGUGCCGUCUUCUCGUACGACCCCGUGGGCAGCUACGAGAGGGAGCAGAGCAGGGCUGGCGGUGCUGCUGCCAGCCUGAUCACGCCCUUCCUUGACAAUCAAGUCAACUUCAAGAACCAAUACGUUCCAGGCAGUGGCGUUGGACAUGAGCUGAAGGAGAGGGAAGUGGUGCCCUUGGAGCGCAAGGAGGCCGAGAUCUUGGUCAAGGAUGCGUUUGAUGGCGCAGUGGAGCGUCACAUUGAGGUCGGUGACGCGCUGCAGAUGAUGGUCAUUACCAGCAAGGGCAUUGAGGAGAUUCUGCUACCCCUGAAGAAGGACUAA